ACACGCUUAAACACGCCAAGUAAGUACACAGGGGACGGAGAAAAAAUUAGAAAAAAAUCUUAACCUCCAGGAUGAUUUUUACCCGUUUGCCGGGGUUUAAACGCCUACUGGUGCGUACAUUUUCCCAAUUUUAAAAAGGUAACAUUUUACCGUCGUAUCGCCAUCGAUCCACCACGGUGCGUGUGGCUGUGUGUGUAUGCCAGUGUGUGUGUGUGUGCGUGUGGAUGUACGCAAGCCGCUGGACGCGAGAGCAUGCGAAUGAAACGUCGAGCGUGACAGAGAGGGCACGAGCCGUCCGACGAAAAGGCGUCAGACGUCUGGCAGCGACGUACACACAAAUCACAGUGCAGUAUCCCCAGGCAGCUGCUGGACGAGUUAGGGUUUUCGUGACUGUCAUUCUGCCCGAGCCGAAGAGUGGCAACAUCUAAGUUAAGGAAAGUGACUCGUACAGGCGCGCAAGGUAAGAACAGUGGCGCUUCACGGUGUGCUUGGAUAAAAAAAAUCGCAGCAAGAAUUUUUUUCACGCACGAAAAAUUGCCCAACUGUGGUGAUAAGCAAAGGCAGUGAGGAAAAAAAAUCGAAAAAAAUUAUUAACCAUCCUCUAAGAUGCCAGCACGCACUCCAGCCACACACACACACACGCACACACUCGUACACGGGAGCGUGGCCCGAGCUGUGCUGCUGCCGUUGUGUGUGCACAUACACGGCAGCCGUGUACAGCCGUCCGGCCGUCUGACAGGGUGGGCACACUGAGCUAACGCAGCGCCACCAUACGUCCGUGCGUGGAACUACGGUCGAGGUCACGUGAACCAGCUCCGACCGCUUGCGAGAGAGAGCGGGCGAUCGAAAACGGGCCGAACAGUGUGCGCGCACCAGCUCGCCGAGCGCUUUUGCGGUUUGCCGUCUCAGUCAGACAUUUUUCCUGACAGGCUCGGCAGCGGGUCUGGCUUGCAACAGACCAGGGCAACAUCAGGGCCGCCAUUUUGACGUCGUCGCGCGACUCGGCCGCUCUCGUUCACAUCUCGGGCUGUGCGGGGCACCGUUUCGUUCAGUCGUCAGUAGCGCUUCUAGAGGCGAGAAGCGAGCGAGCGAGCGAGCAGAACAAAACGGUGAACGCUGGUUCUUGGAAAAAAUAUCUCGCGUUUUAUUUUUUUGUUGGUUGCUUUCGAGUGGUAAUUUUCUUUUCCUACAUGAAUUGUUUUUAAUUGUUUUACGGUACCCAAAAAAAAAAUUCACGCUCUUGCAAAUUGUUGUGCCGAGUGUGUGAGACAGUGAAGCAAUAGAAAGAAUAUUCCCCCAUACCACGAACCCAAAAGGAGGGGGGCUUAUACACAUAGUGAAAUGAAGCGAGAAGGAAUUUCUUUUGCAAUAUUUUAAAACCCCCAGGAUAGCGGAAAAGCGGCAGCAGUUGCAGCAAUAAUUUCAAAACAAAAACAACAGAAAAGGGGGAAAAAAACGCUACUUGGGAGAAAAUAACGCGCGCGCUUGUUUGCACACCCACAUACACACCGAAACCAGUCGAGUCGGGAGUUUUGCCUAGUUCCUGUUUGUUUUAUUUUUUUGUUUUAAUGUGUGAACAACAACGUCGGCCUCCACCGCAGCAGCAGCAAGGGCGAAAGCGCAUCAGCAGCGGCAGUGGUAGCGAUCGCAACAACCGAAUGAUGUAGCGCCAAGAGUUGCAAUACGUGCGAGUGUGCUGAACACAACAGUAUUAGGGAACGCGGUGUGUGGUGUCGUCCUCCCGAUAGACACUGAAGCAAACGAGGACGGCAUGCCCACGCACACACAAGCACACAGUAGCAGCAGGCAGCAGCAGCAGCAGCACCGUCGCGUCGUUUUAUAUUUUGGUGCCGAUGCACUGAGCGACGACGGCAACGCAACAACAACAACAACAACGCCGCAAAGGAAAAGAAAGAAGCAGCAGCAGCAGCAGCCAGGCCCAUUCGAACGCCGCGCGGUGUGUGUGCGUCGAAUGCGCGCGCGCGCGCGUUCGUAAGCGCAGCGGUGUUAGUAAAGUGUGUAAAGUUCCAAAAUCUACAUCUCCAUCAAUCGCAAUCCCGUGUGCGCGCGUGUAUAGUUUCGUGUGCAGUGUCGUGUGUGUGUGUGUGUGAGUGUGCGCGCGCGCGCGCCACGCUCUCUCUUCGUCGCCCGAUAAUCAGCCUACAGACACAUCCCCACUCACACACACAUACACAAAAGCACACACAUCCUGAAGAGGUGGUGAAUUUCUCAGUGUGCCGUGUGUGUGCGUGCGUGCGUUCGGGCUGUAGUGUGUGUGCCGCGUGAAAUCAUCGUGUGUCGGGUGCCGCUUGUGUAGUGAAAGCGUGCGGCAGUGUGUUGUGUGUGUGUGUAUCUGGUUUUUGUAUGUGGUAGCAGCGGGGGAGUUUAGGGCUGUGUGUGAGAGGCGUGGAAUUGUGCAUCCAAGGAAGUGCGCGUGUGUGAGUGUACAUCGUGUAAAGUUCGAGAAAUCAAUCAUUUGCAUCCUCGAGAUCAUUUGCAUCCUCACCAUCGUCGUCGUCAACGUUCAACCAAACCGUAGCCGUCUCUGCAAUAAACAAAAAGACCGCCAGCCCGAGAGCGCCUUCGCCCACCCCCACCUCCAAAGUGUGUGUGCGUGAGAGUGUGUAUGGGCGGUGGGUCCAACAAUCCAUCCGAAAACAAUAGGAGCACGCACACGCGAACGCGAAACGGGUCGAGGUGUGUAUGUGUGUGUGUUGAAGGUAGUAGAAGGUUGUGUGCAAAGUGCGCGAGUGCGCGAGAGAAAGAGAGAGAGAGGACACGAAAUAGCUUCACCGCAACAAUCCACUAGUAGCAGCGCAUCGUCACACACCCGCACACACACACAGCCAACCUACGGCAAAGAGAAAAUCUGGUGGGAGCAGCAAAAGAGAGAAAGGGAGAGAGAGGAAGAGAGAAGAUCAUGAUGUACAGCAACAACAGCAAUAGAAAGUGUUUCAAAUAUGAAGUUACUGAUCGUGCAACUCGUGAGCAAAGUUAGCUUAAGUUUAAGCAAACAAAAUUGUGUGUGUAAAGUGAAAUAAUAAUAAAAAUAAUUUAAAUUAAAGAAGGAAAUAUUCAAAGCUAAAGCAGCACAGUGCUUUGGCCGAGACGUACGAAUCGCUUCUAUCAACAUUAGCAAAGUGAUAAAAAAGAGAAAAAACAAUGGCCGAUCACAUGGAGGAGCCACCGAUGAAGCGGGCGAAAGUCCGAGAAGUAAACUCAGAAGUAAUCGCAACCACGCUCGAUCAAAUGUUCGACCUGGAGAACCAUCUUCCGGACGAGCUGAUGGGCGACAACACGUGGGUCGAUUCGUUGAGCGGAGGAAAUAAACCACCCGGUCCCGGUCCGGGAUCACAGAUGAAUGGAGACGAUCCGGGCGGGGGAACUUCCAACCUGUCGCAGGUAUCGCUCGCCCUCCAACGCCAGCAGCUACAGCAGCAGCAACAACAACAGCAGCAACAGCAGCAGCAGCAACAGCAAAUGCAACAGCAGCAGGUGCACCACCUAAUGCUGCAACAGCAACAGCAGACGAACAAAGCGAUGCCGGGCCAAGCGAUGCUCGGGAUGGGACCGCUCGGUGCCAAGACGCCCGGCAUGCUGUCCUCGAUGAACCAAGCAAUGGGCAACAAUGUGGUAGUGAACGCGAUGGGAGCCGGCGGCGGUGCCGGCAUGCUCGGCAUGGGCAGCGGCAUUGGUCCGAACGGGGGUGUCGGCGGUGGGGCUGGCGGUGCCGGCGGCCCGGUGAUGACGAACAGCAUGGGCUUGAGCGGGGGCGUCAUGUCCGGCGGUGGGCUGGUGCAGCUAAACAGUGGUGGUGUGCGGCAAUCAAACGCCCAGCAGGUUGGUGGCGGCGCGGGCGGUAACGGUGGUCCGAUGAUGCACCAGCUGGUGCCGCCGCAGAACGGCCCGAUGGGAGGCGGCCAGCCCCGGCUGGGCAACCCUGGGCUGAUGCCGCGCACCACCGGGCACAUGAACCCCGGCCUGCGGCAGCUAGUACAGCAGGGCCACGCGGUCGGUGCCCCGAUGGUGGGCCAGAUGGGCGGUGGUGGUGCGGGGAAUGCAGCCGGCGGUCAGUUCGUGGUCGGCUACCAGCAGCAGGGAGUGAUGGCGCAGGGCGUCCGUACCGUAUCGCCUGUCCUCGUCAAUCGCCAGCCGCCGAACGCACCUGGCCCGGGUGGUGCGCGGCUACCGAACCCGAUGGUAACUGGUGGCGGUGGUGCGGGUGGCGCCACGAUAGGUAUGCUCGGAGGCGACGGCAGCGUUGGACCGCAGACACAGGCCGGACCGGGUGGUCCGGGCGGUGUGGUCAGCCUGCAGCAACAGCAGCAGCACGUUGGACCGGGCCCGAAUGCGCCCCAGAUACGGCCACUGGUCGCGUCAGCGGCGGCGGCAGCAGCGGCACAGCAAAACCAAGCCAUGAACUCGAUGAACGUGGCGAGCGGAGCGGCAGGCGGUAGCGGGCCCGGCUCAUCCGGUACGGUGGGUGGGGCGACGGGCGGCGGUACGUCCGGCACGAUGAACAGCAGCCCCGGUGGCAACCCACUGUUGGCCGAUCCGGAGAAGCGAAAGCUCAUCCAGCAGCAGCUAGUGUUGCUGCUGCACGCGCACAAGUGCCAGCGGCGCGAGGCGGAAAACCCGAGCGGCAACAUCUGCAGUCUGGCGCACUGCCGCACGAUGAAGGAGGUGCUGACGCACAUGCAGUCCUGCCUGCUGGGCAAGAACUGUCCCAAGACGCACUGCUCGUCGUCACGGCAGAUCAUCAACCAUUGGAAAAAUUGUCAGCGGCAGGACUGUCCCGUCUGCUUACCGCUCCGUGAUACCAAUAAAUUGAAACAGCAACAAGCUUCCCAGCAGCAGCAGCAACAACAACAACAGCAACAACAGCAGCAGCAGCAGCAACAGCAGCAACAGCAGCAGCAACAACAACAGCAGCAACCUCAACAAUCUCAACUACAACAAUCUCACCAACAGCAGCUUCAUGCGCAGCAGCAAAUGCAGCAACCUCAGCAGCAGCAACUGCAAAUGCAGCAAGACCAGCAUCAGCAGCUGCAGCAAUUACAGCAGCAAUUAGCGCAGCAGCAGCAGCAGGAUGUGAUGCAGCUGCCGCAGAAACAGCAGCAGCAGCUGCUGAUGCAGCAGCAACAGGACCAACAGCAGAAGUCGAUGGAACACAAGCAGCAGUUGGUGAAGUCAGCCCAAGCCCAAAUGAUGCUGUCGGACAAGGAUCAGCAGCAGCAGCAGCUGCUGCAGAAACAUGCACAACUGCAGGCGACGCAGCAGAUACAGCACAACAUGCUGCAACAGCACAAAAAGGUACAGCAGCUGAUGAUGCAGCAAAAGCAGGAACAGAUGCUGCAGAAAUCAUACUCCCAGCAACAGCAAAACCAACUGCAGCAGCAACAAUUGCAGCAACAGCACCAGCAACAAUCACCUCAGCUGAUGCAGCAGCAGUCACCGCAGCUCCAGGUGCAUCAGGCACAAUUGCAACAGCAACAGCAAGUGCUGUCCCAACAGCAACAGCAGCAGCUCUUAUUGCAGCAGCAACACCAACAACAGCAGCAACAGCAACAGCAACAACAGCAACAACAACAGCAACAGCAGCAACAACAACAACAACAACAGCAGCAACAGCAACAACAACAACAGCAACAGCAGCAACAACAGCAACAACAGCAACAGCAGCAACAACAGCAGCAGCAGCAGCAGCAGCAGCAGCAGCAGCAGCAACAGCAGCAGCAGCAGCAACAGCAGCAACAACAGCAACAGCAGCAACAACAGGAUAACAAGUCCCCCAUGUUUGCGCAACGACAGGUAGCGCAGCAACAGCAAGCUCAACUGCAGCAGUCGCAGUUAUCACAACUAUCGCAACCACAGCUACAAGCCCAGGUCGCUCCGCAGCUUCAAUCACUUUCUCACGCACCUUCUCCACAACAGCAACAACAGAACCAGUUAGCCUCUUCUCAGCAAGACCAUAAAAAGAUUGUUCAGCAAGUGACCGAGGUGGCAGUAGCACGUGCUGCUGUGACGACCCCUGUUUCGUCUGUAAUGCAACAACAACCAUCACAGCAGCAACUGCAACAGCAACAACAGCAGCAACAGCAGCAACAGCAGCAACAGCAACAACAGCAGCAACAGCAACAACAGCAGCAACAGCAGCAACAGCAGCAACAACAGCAACAACAGCAACAACAGCAGCAGCAGCAACAGCCGCAACAACAGAAACUGCAAGUGGAACAGAAAAAGGACCAGCUACAGCAGCAUUUAGAGCAGCCGAAAACAGAACCACAGCUAGAGGUGCCACAGGACCAGCAGCAGCAUAAUGAGCUGACCGAGAAGCAACAAACGCUGACGCCAGUGAUGCAUUCGGUGGACUCGUCGGAAGCAAGUAGUGCACUCAGCAAGCCAGACGGCAGUGCUGACCCGACAACAGUAUUGACGGUGAAGCAGGACGAGCACGCGAAAGCGCAGGAGCCGAGCGCCGAACAGCUGCUGCAGGAUCAGCUGCAGUCACAGUUGGACAUGAACAAGCAGAAAACGGAUCCGCUGCAGAAAGACCUAAGGCUGCCCGGCAUUGAGCAGGACGGCAAGGACGGUCAGCGCGAUGCGACCGAGCAGAAGGACCACUUGGAUCAUUCUGAGCAGGACAAGACGAAGCAAACGGACGACGCGUCGGAGAAAAAGACGCAGCCAGAGGCCAAGGAUGGUGCGACGAAUCACGACGGGUCGAAAGAGUUGUCGGAUAAGCAGCAGGAAAAGGUGGACAAGAGCGACCACAAGGAUGGUCUGACGAAGGGAGGCUCAUCGUCCCCAGCGAUAGUCGAUUCCGGGACACUAGCGGACGCCGCGACGAGCCAGGGCGAAAGCUCCGACCAGGACAAGAACGAUCAGAAGGACGCGAAGGACGCGACACAGGACGGCAAAGAGCAGCAUCAUGACAAGCAGCAGGACACGCUGGAACCGGCAAAGGGCGACGAUGCGUCACAAGCGGAGCAAAAGGAAGGCAAAGCGGACGGGUUGGCCGACCAGCAGCAGCAGCAGGAUAAGAAGGAACAGUCGGAAACGGAAAGCAAAUCGCAGGACGCGGGUGCGGGCGAGGCAAAGGAUCAGCAAGAUAAGCCAAGCGGAGAGUCGCUCGAUCACAAGAUGGCCGACGGCACGGCGGAGGGCAAAGCUGCGCUGGACAAGAAGCAGCAACCGGGCGAGACCGGUGCGGCAUCCGAUGCUGCGACCGAUCAGUCGGAGAAGAAGCCAGAAUCGCAAUCACCGGACCAAACGUCUGCGACCGGUGAGCCGCUGCCGGACAAGCUGGACGGCGGUAAGGAAGACGCGCAAAAGGAUGCUAGCAGCAACGGUGCCAGCAAAGCGGACGAACUGGCAGACGGGCUGUCGAAAGCUUCCUCCUCGCUGCCGUUGGCGGACAGCGGGCUGGAAGACGCCAGCAAGCUGCUGAAGUCGGACGACAAACCAAAGCUGCCAACGGUGGACCAAGCGGCCGGUGACGAAUCGAGUCAGAACGAUGCGUCCAAGGCCGCUAGCGAGCUAACGGAGGAGGGAGCGAAUAAGAUGGACGUGCAGGAGCAGGGAGACAAGGAGAAAACGGCUGGCGAGUUGCUGGCGGAAGCGAUGGAAGUAGAUUCGGACUUGGCCACGGCCCAGUCCGUCGGGUCUACCGAUCAGAGCAAAGCAGGCCAGCAGCGAACGGGCGACGAUCAGCAGGACGCGGUGCUGGCGAAAGCGCUGCAGGACGCGGAUCACGAAAUGAAGGACGUCUCGCUCGUGGCACAGCUCCAGGAGCAGGAGAAGGACAAGCAGUCGCCGUCCCCUCAGCAACGGCAGCUGCAGCUCGACCAAUCGAAGCAGCAGGAACUGGCUAAACCGCACACACCGCUGACACCUCAAACCGCCCUAUCCUCGCCCCAGCAGCAACAGCAGCAGCAGCAGGCUCAACAGCAAACGAAGCUGAACCUGCAGCAACAGCAGCAGAAGCUGCAGCAGCAGCUACAGCAACAGCUGCAACCCCAGCAGCAGCAGAUGCAAAUGCUGCAGCAAAAGCAGCCCCAGCAGAUGCUGCUACUUCAGCAGCUGCAGCAGCAGCAGUCCGACAGUCAGAUGCAGAUGAAGUCAGCGGACAGCACGGAACAGCAGCAGCACGAUCAGCAGUUGCUCUCCUCGGCCCAGACCACUCCGCAGGCAUCGCCACUGACGAACCAGCAGCAGCUGAAAGGACUGCUGCCCCAAACGGUCGUCUCGGUGGGCCAGGAGCAGGCGGGCGGACAGGCCGGCCAGGACGGGUCAGCGGCGCAGGUGCUGCUACAGCAGCAGCAGCAGCAGCAGAACGCCACUGGAAGCGUAACGGCCGGCGUGGAUGGUGUGGUAGGUGCAAGGGCACCGUUCAACCAGCAGCUCGUGAACAGUAUGCAGCAGCAGUGCGGUCCCUCGUCCUCACCGUUGCAGGGCAAUCUGAUCGGUGCUGCCGGGCAGCAGCAGCAGCAGCAACAGCCAAAUCAAAUGAACAGCAUGCGUGCCAUGGGAAUGGUGAGCCAGCAGCAGCAGCAGCCGGGAGGCAACGCGGUACGUCUGAUGAUGCCACCGAACCAGCUAGUGACGAGUGGCGGCAUGCUGCAGCAAAACGCUACCGACGGUAUGCUGGGCCAGAAUGCGGCCAACCAGCAGGGAGGCGGCGGUGUGCAGCAGACGCAAGCGAAUCCCUCCAUCAUUCCAAUGGGAGCGGGUAGCGGCGGCGGCGGCAACCAGAUGCUGUUCAGUCCCGGCGACGGUAGCACGCUGACGAACAGUGGGGCGGUAGUGUGCAGCACGUCGACCACUGGCGGCGGCGGUAUGCAGACGAUGACGUCCCAGUCGAUGCCGCUGAUGAACGCGACCAACACGAGCACGAUGAGCGGCGGCGGCGGCGGGGGACCAAACACGAGCAGCUUCGCGGCGGGCAGUGGUGCUGGUGGGGGCGGAGCAGGCGGUACCGGCGGUACCAACCCGUCGAUGGUGGCAGUGCCGGUGCAGGGUACGAAGGAUUGGCACCAUUCAGUCACGCCCGACCUGCGCAACCAUCUGGUGCACAAGCUGGUGCAGGCGAUCUUUCCCUCGCCCGACCCGUCCGCCAUGUUCGACAAGCGGAUGUACAAUCUGGUCGCGUACGCGAAGAAGGUCGAGGGCGACAUGUACGAGAUGGCCAACUCGCGCUCGGAGUACUACCACCUGCUGGCGGAGAAGAUCUACAAGAUACAGAAGGAGCUGGAGGAGAAGCGCCAGAAGCGCAAGGAGCAGCAGAUGCAGCUGCAGCAGCAACAGCAGCAACAGCAGCAGCUGAACGCGGCCGGGCAGGUAGUGGGCGGUGCCGGUGCCGGCGGUGCUGGUGCGAAUGCCGCCGGUCAGCUGCUGCGCCCGCUCAACCACAACCACCAGCAGCAGGUGAACCUGCUGGGCGGUAUGAACGCGGCGGCGGGCGCUAACAAUCCGGCCGCCAUGCAGCAGAUGCGGCACGGCGGCGGCACCGGUGGACUGAUGAACCAGGCGCAGAACAACCUCGGCGGCCAGCUGGGACCAAACAGCCGGCUCGGCGUGGUAAACGCGCAGCAGCAGGGCGGUGGACCGGGUGGCCAAACGCAGCAGCUGUUUGUGGCGCAGCCGGGCCCAAGCCCGAACGGCAAUCUGGUGCACGGCGCGGGCGGCACUGUGCUGCCCGGCGGGCUUUCUCCCUUCGCCCAGCAGCAGCAACCGAACAACCAUGCGCAGGGCAUGGUCGGUGUGCCGCAGCAGCAACCGUCCCCGCAGGUGGUAAACCAGCAGUCAUUCCUCAACGGACCGGCAAUGAUGGACAGCUCCUCGCAGCUGCAGCAGUUCAACGACAUCGUGCGGGCCAAGUGCGCCAACCUCAGUGGUGGCGGUGUCGACGGUACGCAGCAGCAGCUCGGGCAGCUCUCCAGUGCGCUUACCGGUCAGACGAUGGCGCAAGGCAUGCGCACGGCGUUCGGUGGCGUCAAUGCUAGCGCGGCGCAGCAACAGCAGCAGCAGGGAGCCAAUCCGGGCAACAAUCCUGGUGCGUCCGGCGGCAUGUUUGUCAACACAAUCAACCCCGGCGGCGGCGGUGGUGGUGGUGGUGGCGCCGGCGGCUUCAAGCUGAUGAGCGGCGGCAAAGCUCAGGCCCAGCAGCGCAACAUGGCUCUGCUCUCGGGUAUGGGAGGUGGUGGAGGCGGUGGCGGCGGCGGCACCGGCGGUGCUGGCACAAUCGGCAGUGCGGGAGGAGCCGGCACAGGCGGUACCGGGCUGACCGGUACAGCAGAUCUCCUAGCCAGCAGUCCGUACGGUGUCGUCGGUGGGGCGGGUGGAACGAUCGGCCCCAAUGCAACCACCGUGGCCACGUCGAACGGGCCCAUGCUGCCCUCCCCGGCAGGGAACAGCAGCACGUCCAGCAACAGUAUUGUACCGCUACUGCUCACGCCCGGAGGACCACCGUCGACGGAAUCAUCGUCGGCGGGCGUCGGUGACGGGCUCGGCGGACCGACCGCCACAACCGGUGCGUCCUCGGCCUUGCCCGUUGGCGGCGGACUUCUUCCGCCAGGCAGCUCGCUGGGCGGAACGAUGGUGACCGGGGCGGCCGCCACCGCCACCCUCUCGCUGAACGGCAGCUCUACCACGACGACGCCCGCAACGACGCCGGCCACCCCGGGCAGUGGUGCCGCCCUCCCAUCCACGUCCACCGUGCUGCCCGCCUCGACCGGCAACCUUAGCGGAGGGUCCGGCACGACGAACACCACUGCCAACGGGGCCAGCACGCUCACCACGUCGGUGGGCAUGUCGGUCAGCCGCAUGACCGCGUCCUCGUCCUACAGCUCGCAGAUGGCCGCCCUCGAGGCGGCGAUGGCACGGGACAAGGAAGACUCGCCCGAACAGCCGAGCAGCAGUGGCGCGAAGGACGCCAGCGCUGGUGGCGGUGGUGGCGGCGGCGGCGGCUGUGGCAGCAAGAACAACAAGGGCAAGUUCGAGAUGAAGCGCGAGGAGGACAUCAAGAGCGAGCCGGACAGCAACCACAUGGACACGUCGGGCGGCGGCGAGAGCGGCGGCAAGAACGUGAACAACGAGUGCAUGAGCAUGAUGGCGCACGAAAUCAAGUCGGAGCUGAUGGACGGUUCGGACGGCAGCAGCAGCGGCGGCAGCAGCGGCAAGAACAAGCUGGACGUGACCUCGUUCAAGGUGGAGGUGGAGCAGGGCCGCCCCGGCAGCCCGAAGGCGAAGGUGAUGAAGACGGAGCUGAAGGCGGGCAUCUACCCGGAGCCGACCAUCCAGACGAACGCGAGCGACAACAAAAAGAAGUGCUCGUUCAAGCCGGAGGAACUGCGGGAGGCGCUGCUGCCCACGCUCGAGAAGCUGGUCACGCAGGAACCGGAAUCGAUCCCGUUCCGCAUGCCGGUCGACCCGAACUCGCUCGGCAUACCCGACUACUUCGACAUCGUCCGCCAGCCGAUGGAUCUGAGCACGAUCCGGAAGAAGCUGGAGAGCGGCCAGUACCAGGAUCCGCGCGAGUACGUCGACGACGUGUGGCUCAUGUUCGACAACGCCUGGCUGUACAACCGGAAGACGUCACGCGUCUAUCGCUACUGCACCAAGCUGUCGGAGGUGUUCGAGAUGGAGAUCGACCCGGUGAUGCAGUCGCUGGGGUACUGCUGUGGCCGCAAGUAUACCUUCAACCCGCAAGUGCUGUGCUGCUACGGCAAGCAGCUAUGUACCAUUCCACGAGACGCAAAGUAUUACAGCUACCAAAACCGCUCUUUUGGGGCAUUAUCUACCAGAUACACGUACUGUCAGAAGUGCUUCAACGAGAUACCGGGCGAUACGGUUACGCUUGGUGACGAUCCGAUGCAGUCGCAAACCCAAAUCAAGAAGGACCAGUUCAAGGAGAUGAAAAACGAUCACCUCGAGCUGGAACCGUUCGUCGACUGUCUCGACUGCGGGCGCAAGCAGCACCAGAUCUGCGUGCUCUACCUCGAGUCCAUUUGGCCGGGCGGGUUCGUGUGUGACGCCUGCCUGAAGAAGAAGGGCCAGAAGCGGAAGGACAACAAGUUUAACGCGAAGCGUCUGCCCACCUCCAAGCUCGGCACGUACAUCGAGACGCGGGUGAACAACUUCCUGAAGAAGAAGGAGGCCGGCGCCGGCGAGGUGCACAUACGCGUCGUCUCCAGCUCGGACAAGAUGGUGGAGGUGAAGCCGGGCAUGCGCAGCCGGUUUGUCGAGAACGGCGAGAUGCUGCCCGAGUUCCCGUACCGCGCGAAGGCACUGUUCGCGUUCGAGGAGGUGGACGGCGUGGACGUGUGCUUCUUCGGCAUGCACGUGCAGGAGUACGGGUCGGAGUGUGCGGCACCGAACACGCGGCGCGUCUACAUCGCCUACCUCGACUCGGUGCACUUCUUCCGACCGCGCCAGUACCGCACGUCCGUCUACCACGAGAUACUGCUCGGGUACAUGGACUACGCGAAGCAGCUCGGCUACACGAUGGCCCACAUCUGGGCCUGCCCGCCGUCCGAGGGCGACGACUACAUCUUCCACUGCCAUCCGCCCGAGCAGCGGAUACCGAAGCCGAAGCGGCUGCAGGAGUGGUACAAGAAGAUGCUGGACAAGGGCAUGGUCGAGCGUACCAUCCAGGACUACAAGGACAUCCUGAAGCAGGCGAUGGAGGACAAGCUGCAGUCGGCGUCCGAGCUGCCGUACUUCGAGGGUGACUUCUGGCCGAACGUGCUGGAGGAAAGCAUCAAGGAGCUGGAUCAGGAGGAGGAGGAAAAGCGCAAGCAGGCCGAGCGCGAGGAGGCGGCGAACGCGAUGAUCAUGUCGAACGAUGACAGCGACACCGUAGCCGACGGUAAGAAGAAAGGCCAGAAGAAGGCGAAAAAGUCCAACAAGUCGAAGGCAGCUCAGCGUAAAAGCAACAAGAAAACCAACGAACAGAUUGGCAACGAUCUCAGCGCAAAGAUAUUCGCCACCAUGGAAAAGCACAAGGAGGUGUUCUUCGUCAUCCGGCUUCAUUCGGCGCAGUCGGCUGCCAGCUUAGCGCCCAUCCAAGAUCCGGAUCCACUAAUCAACUGCGAUCUGAUGGACGGGCGCGAUGCGUUCCUGACGCUCGCGAGGGACAAGCAUUUCGAGUUUUCUUCGCUACGCCGGGCUCAGUUCAGUACGCUCUGCAUGCUGUACGAGCUGCACAACCAGGGCCAGGACAAGUUUGUCUACACCUGCAACAACUGCAAGAACCACGUCGAGACGCGAUACCACUGCACCGUCUGUGACGAUUUUGAUCUCUGUAUUACCUGUAAGGAGAAGGUGGGCCACCAGCACAAGAUGGACAAGCUGGGUUUCGAUCUGGACGACGGGUCGUCCCCGUCGGACGUGAAGCAGACGAACCCGCAGGAAGCGCGCAAGCAAUCGAUCCAGCGCUGCAUCCAGUCGCUGGUGCACGCCUGCCAGUGCCGCGACGCCAACUGUCGCCUGCCGUCCUGCCAGAAGAUGAAGCGGGUGGUGCAGCACACGAAGCACUGCAAGCGAAAGACGCACGGCGGUUGCCCGAUCUGCAAGCAGCUGAUAGCGCUCUGCUGCUACCACGCGAAGCACUGCCAGGAGGCGAAAUGCUUGGUCCCGUUCUGCCCGAACAUCAAGCACAAGCUGAAGCAGCAGCAGCUACAGCAGAGAUUGCAACAGCAGCAGCUUCUUCGGCGCCGUAUGGCGGUGAUGAACACGACCCGGCUCGGUGCACCGACACCGCAGAUACCGCAGAACAGCAACGGCGGCGGCAGCAGCCUGAGCAGCGCCGUCUGCUCGACCAACGUCAUCGCCGGCUGCUCGGUGGCCCCGUCCGGGCCGGUUAGCAACACGAUGGCGAUCGGUGUGCCGGCGAGCGGCGGUGGUGUCGUCACCAGCAUGGCAUGUGGUGGGUUAAACAAUGCCGGCGCGGGUGCCAUGAGUCCGUCGGCCGUGCCAAACACGGUCCAGAUGGGUGGCAUGGGCAGCCCGCACCACGGUGGCAUCGGCAUGAAGCCGGGAGCACAAACACCGCCGGCGAAUGUGCUGCAAGCUGUCAAACAGGUACAGGAGGAAGCCGCUCGCCAGCAAGCGCCCCAUGUGGGCUAUGGCAAGGUCAAUCCCGUAAUGAUACCGCCAGUAAUGGCGCGUGCCAUGCCGGCCGGCCAUAUGAACGCGGGUGGCGUCGGUGUGAACGUGUCGGGCGUGGGCGUGAUGCCCAAUGCGCAGCAGCAACCGAAUGCGGUGGGCGUGGCGAUGGGUGGACCGGGCGGUGGUCCGGGCGGCCUCGGCCAGAACGUGAUGCAAAUGGACCAGUGGAACACGCGCUACCCGAACGGUGGCGGUCCGGGCAUGCGACCAACGCUCCCCGGCAUGAUGCAGCAGCCGCAGCAGCAACAGCCACAGAACACGCUCCAGACGGGCAUCAUGGGUGGCGGUGUCGGAGGUGCGCAGAUGAUGGCCGGCAUACGGCAGGGCCCGGUCGCCAUGCAGGGUGGCAUGAUGGGCAAUGCCCAGCAGCAGCAGGCCGGCGGGCAACAGAACCAGCCCGGUCAAACGCAGAUGGCCACGCAGCCGAAGCAGGCGAUCGCACAGCUCAUGGCGACCCUCAAGAAUCCGGCCGCCGGUCCGGAGCAGCAGCAGCAGCUCCUGUCGAUACUGAAGGCCAACCCGCAACUGAUGGCUGCCUUCAUUAAGCAACGACAACAACAGGCGGCUCAUCAGCAGAAUCAAAAUCAAGUGGGAAUGCCGCAGCAACAGCAACAGCAGCAGGUGCAGCAGCAACAGCAGCAGCAAGCGCAGCAACAACAGCAACAACAGCAACAGCAAGUCCAGCAGCAGCAGCUCAACGUCAUGCAUCCCGGUGGCUCGCAGGUGCAGCAGGUGCAGUCUGGCCAGCCGGUAAUGGUGUACAAUCCGACAACCGGCGGGCAGAUGGCAGCGAACCGCAUGCAAGGCGUACAGGGUAUGCCGGGCGGCGGCAAACCGGGCAACAAUCCAUCCAUGCAAAUGCCGCUGCAGCAACAGCUCUGGUACAAGCAGCAGCAGGCGCAACAGCAGCAGCAGCAGCAGCAGCAACAGCAGCUGAUGCUGCACCGCCAGCUGGCCAUGUCCGGCGGUAACAUUCCACCCGUCCCACCGUACAACCAGCGUCCCCGGCCGCAGCAGCAGAUGGGCGGCGGGUACGGGCAGGCUGGCGGCAUGUUCCCCGAUCAGCAGCAGUACAUUCAGCAGACGAUGAAGCCGAACCCGCAGGCACAGGGCGGCGUCGGCGUGAACGUCUUGUCCCAGCAGCUGCAGCAGCAGCAGCAGCAGCAGGGCCAGGGCCCGAACCAGGGCAUCAUGGGGCCGCCGAACCCGCAGCAGCUCGCCAUGCAGCAGCAGCUGAUGCAGUCGGUCCGGUCGCCGCCACCGAUUCGCAGCCCGCAGCCCCAGCCGUCCCCGCGGGCGGUACCGUCGCCGCGGGCUCAACCGUCCGUGUCGCCGCGUGCGCAACCGUCGCCGCACCACAUUCCGUCCCAUUCGCCCGUGCCAGUGCAGCCGGGCGACGUAGUGCUGCACAACCACAUGCACUCGGGCCACCAGCCGGGCAACGUGGUUGGCAUGGGAGGUGGCCUGGGCAACGUCGGCAUGCCAGGGGCGGGCACCGGUAACGUGGUCGGAGUGGGCGUCGUCGGUGUGGGCGGCCCAGUGAACGCCAUGUCGGUGGGCGGCGGCAUGGGCGGCGUGGUGGGCGUAGUCGGCGGGCUCGGUGGCGGCAACGUGGUGGGCGUGGGAGGCGCGGGCGGUGUGCAGCAGGAUCUGUCGCAGGGCGUCGGCAUAAUCGGCCCGGGCGGUAACGGGAACGCUGGCGAAACCUCCCUGCCAGACCAGCUGACCAAGUUUGUCGAACAGUUGUAGUAGUAUUCUGGAAAAAGUCAACGUAGCGGGUAGAAACGUACUAUUUUGAUAUUAUUAGUUUGUUUUAGAAUAAUUAGUUUUUUUUUUGGUACAGAUGUUUACAAAUCGUGUGUAGCUUAAGUGAAGUGUGAUUCCGUUCUGAUAGGGACAAAGAAAGCAUUACGCAAGCAUUACGAGCAAGAAAGGAUAGUAUAUUUGUUUACCAAUUGUGUCGGAAGGUAAAGUGAAAAGUACGUGGCUGCGCAUAUAAGCAAGGAAAACAGCAAUUUAAGGAUAUAGUUUCAUUGAACAGAGCGAAAGGCAUAUAUUGGACAUAGGCUAUAUAAUUGUGCAUAGAUAUAGUUCGAUUUUCGUUCAACAUGGCGAAAGUCGGUCCUAUUCGCUGUCAAUAGUUAAAUGUUCAUUAGUUCUAUUCCAACCAAUACCCUGAACACAAUUUUUGUUUGUUUUUUAAGGGCUCGUAUUCUAGGCUUAGGACGAAGAGUUUUUUUUUCUAUUUCGUUAUAAUGUAUCACAAGCAUAGGUGGAGAGCGAUUGUGUAGCACUCACACGUAGAUCACGCGAAAAAUCAUACGGUUUAAGUAAUGAAUUGCUCGAUUUGAAGCCAUUUUUCUCAGGUUUCAUUAAUUACCUUCGAAACACUUGCACACGCGCUCGCGCUAAAAAAAAGAAAAGAACUCACCUGCAUACGUCAUAACUAUAUUAGUUUAUUAUCAUGUAUAGAUAUAUACAUACACAUAUACAUAUACAUAUAUUUUCUCCAUGUGCAUGGUGUAAAUAUGCAAGUCUCCGAAACGUCUUCGUCCUUUAACAUGUGCAUAAUGAUUGUGACAGGUUCAAUAAGCGCGGGCCCGUAAAGCAUGUAGUAGGCCAAACGAGAAACGACUAGCGCAAAUUUAACUCUGCGUGAUUUACCUUCAAAUAAUACUGUGUUCCAGUGCGUUUUCAGUUAACACGAAAGCUCUAGUGCGUGUUAAUCUAUUUUAUAAAGCUGUACAUAUUUAAAUCCCUUUUUGAAAGAUGAAGAUCGGAGAGAGGAACCAGGGACAUGUAGAUUACGGAUGAGGGCGGGGUGCAGGGUGCGAGCUAGAAACAUGCGGUGUAUAGGAAAAUUGGUAAGAAAAAUCAGAAAACAAACAACACAACCAAGAGAGCAGAACAAACCAGAAGAACGACACAAAAGGCCUUGCUAGCGAAGUGGUGAAGUAAAACGUGUAAAAGAAAUGCAAUUUGUAUAGGUAAAAAAACAUACAAAACAAACAAACAUUAGACUUUUGAAUUUAGUGUAUUCUUCGAAAAGGGAGUUAGCGCGAGUGCAUUAUUAUAAUGCAUUCGCAGUCACACAUCCACUCGCUCGCACACACCACACUACAGCUUCUAACCACCCAAGCUUUCGUACGGGGGUUUUGAAUUCUUUUUUUGGUGGGUGUGGUUUUUUUUCUGGCUUUUUUUUUGUACAUCUUACACUGAACGAUCUAAUCACAAAAGUUCUACAGUAAGGUGGUCCUCAAUGCACGUAUACGCGCAAUCUGCAAAGUAGAAUGUUUUCCGUUUUUUUUCCGACACUAGCUGCAAUCACUAAAGUAUUUUUAAAAUCCUUCAAAGAAAAUUCAGGUACCCGUUAGCCAUAAUCUCCUUUACCGGCAUUAGGUUGCGUAUUUUCCCUUGUUUGUAUAUAUUUGCUUCCUAUUCUUUUCUUAUCUAACAUCGGUUAUUCGGUCGUGUGGGUUGCAGUAGUCAAUUCGUACGACUUAACAACCCAAGGGUGUUGUUACUCGAACUUGAAUGGCUUGAUUCUUUUCACACGCAGAGCUGACUAUCCAUUCUGUUUUAUGCGCCCUGCUACGGUUGUUGCACCAAGAAAGAGGAUUUGCCCGUUUGUUUUUGUCCCGAACUGACUGCACCUUUUGGGCUCUGGCGAGUGUGCGCGUGUGCUUGUGAAAAUGUGGGCUAAUGGCUAGUUGGGACAAAGUCACAUAAGAUAAGCUGGAAAAAGUAGUACGAAACAUUGGAAGUGGAGACUCUGGUGCGUGCGUGUGUGUGUGUGUGUGUGUAACGAGACCACCCCGUAAGCUUUAAAACCGAAGAGCAAGCAAGAUUUAAUUUAGGCAGUAAAAAGUGACACAAAUUACAUUUAAAAGCAAUGGCGUCCUGUGUAACCGAUUCCCGCCCUUCCCGGCGCCCUGUUGUGCUCUGUCGCCUUGUGUGACAGAAGCCGGGGAUGUGGGAGGGUGGUGAGUUUGAACUACGAAACAAGACUUACUUCUUCGAUAAGUGGAAACGUGCGCUUUUACUACGUUCUGUACAUAUAGAUUUGAUUUUAUCCGGCUAUAAACGUGGUCAGGGCCUGUUAACAAACUCUUUGCUGGCUUUGUAUUAAAAAGUGUAUUCUAGCAAUAAUCCUAAAACUGGCAAGGUAAAGAGACGCGAAGGAGGGCGGGAGAAUUUGAGAGAUCGAGAGGCAGAGAGAAUAGAGGACAGGGUAGUAGUAGCACUUUCUCCCAUCUUUCAUUUAAAAAAAAAACCACCACCACCCAUAACUCAGGAUGAGUGCACACAAUAUACCACAUUCACGUUCACAAUAUUGGGUGAGUACGCCCUUUCCAGCGUGAGUGUGCAUUGUGUUUUUUUUUUCUUCAUUAAUUUUCUAUUUCAUCUGAUCUUUUUUUUGUAAAAAAAUAACGAAUGGGAUAGAAAGAGAGAGAGAAUAGAGAGAAAAAGAAAGAUACAAAGAGAGGGAAGAUGUAGGAUGAUCUUUCUCGACAAAGACAAAACGAAAGGUAGGGCAAUUGAAGAGAAAUUGUUAUGUGGCUGUGUCGUCGUUAUUAUACGCAUCAUCAGAGUGCGGUUAACCGCCUGAUGGAAAAUGGUUUAUGCGCGGUUCGCGUCCCGUUUUUCUACUGUCUUGCUGCACAUACGCCCAACGUUGGCGGGGCGAGAGGACAGACCAUUUGUGAUUAGUUUCCCUUACCUUAUUCGUUUUAGUUAUCGUAGUUAUAACACGCAAUCCUUACUGGCGUGCAUGCGAAAGCCGUACUACAAAAAAAGAAAAGCAAGGAAAACAAGAGAGUAAGACAGCAAACGAACACACAUACAUCACACGAUCUGACUUGAUUUUCACUUCCUCUUUAAUUAUAGCGUAACGGUUAGUACGUAAGGAAGCAUACAGACGUGUUUAGUUAUUAUAAUGUGUAUACAUAUAUGUAUUUAUAUAUGUAUAUAUGCAUACAUUAAACGUUCACACACUUUUUCACGCUUGUUUAAUAAUUUAUCUAUCCGCGAUCGCUUUCAAUUCUUGUAAUUGUGUGCACAGGUGUAUAUAUAUAUAUAUACGUAACAAAACAAAUGUUCUAAAGAAUAAUAUUUAAGUAUAAUAUACACAUACCCUACACACCUAACACCCACCCACACCCCUUCCAUCAUUUCCCCUCCUGUUGCUGUUGCUGUCGAGCGCUUAAAGAGAUUCGAAGAAACACGACCAACCGAUGGGAAUUCCAAUUGGUAAAACAACACACCCACGUACGUACGUACAAUAUCAUUGCCCAUUACCUCUCUCUCCCCCCCCCCUGCCUCCUCCCCCUCCGUAUCUCCCUUUCUACCUUCCUUGACCACCCCCUACCUCUCAUUCUUCCAUAUCCCAAAUGCUCAAACGCGAACAAUAUCAUCCCAGUCCGCAGUUCCACGUUAGGCGGUAAAGCAAAAUGUAAUCUGUAUCCUUUAUACAUAAAGCUAGGAUUACGAUUGGAAAUAAUUUAUAACACAAAAUGCCACAUUUAAUAUAAAUAUAUUCUAUACAUAAAUGUAGCAUAUAGGAAGGAUAGUUCGUGUCCCACACCACUCGAAGAUCGCUGUUCAAACAAAAUUUUGAGAUGUAGGCGAUAAAAUGCGAGAAAUGGAGAGAGGAAGGGUAAGAAAAAAACGCAGAAGCGUAAGAACGGAAAAUUAACACUAGACCAUAAAAAAAUGGAGGCAGCAGGUCGAUGAUACUGUAAAUUGCAUAGAAAACGCAUGCGGGGGUAUAAAAGCAAAAUGUACUGAGCAAAAGGGUUUAGCAGCAGCCAGCAGCAGCAAACAGAAGCAAAAAGCAAAAAAAAACGGGAUGACAGAGAAAACGAAGCGCGUGUGUGUGUGUGUGUGUCCGUGUGUGUGUGUGUGUGUGUGAAUGAGUGUGUGUGUGUGUGUGCGUGUUUGCAUGUAUCCGCUGUUGCAACGAAAUCAUACACAACAAAAAAGCUCACCCACUUCGUUUUCUCUCCUAACUGCAGUUGCGCGUGGUUUAAUUUAAUAGUCCUACCAGUAAUUGAAGCAAAAGCAAAACAAAAGCAAAACAUCCUUCAUACUUACAAGCUCUAUAAUAAUUAAAUAGAAAAAAAAAAACGAAAGAAACAAUUAUGUUGAAACGAUGUACUAUUACUGCUAAAUGUAAAGCGGAGAGAGGAUCGUGAAAACGAUGUAAGGGACGGAGAGGGAGAAGUAUACAAUAAGCAAGGUAGAGCGAGGAAGGGUAAAGAGAAAAAUCAGAAACAAAGAAACAAACGAACAUAAAAUGUAUACAAAAUCAAGAAUGUA